AUGGAUCUCUCAGUGUUACCAAAUAACAACCAUCCUGAUAAAUUCCUUCAGCUAGAUGUAAAGUCCUUAGCAAAAACCUCAGCCUUUUUGCACAGCUGGCUGGCCAAUUUUCCAGAAGCACAUUUUUCUGGGGCACAGCAGUGGCAUAACAGAGUCUAUUCACAGAGAGAAAAGAAGAAUGCUCAUGAGCAACCUGUUGUGCAGCUCAUUGAGCUGCAUCCCGCAAUGAUUGACAAAGCCCUUGGAAAACACAUUACACCGAUCACCUUGAAAUCGACCAUCAAGAGUAAUCCUCUGUAUAGUGAUGUCUUCACUGAUGAUAGCUGGGAGGAAAGGAAAAACAACCCAUCCUGGACUGUUCAAGACUAUGACAGGCAUUCUCUAAACUCUAGUCUGGCUCACUAUCUAAAGGAAAAUCCCAAUGAUAUACACUAUUGGAUGGAAGAUAUUUACACACCAGGAUAUGAUACCUUGUUGAGAAAGAAAGAGAGAGAAAACAAACGCUCCAGAUGUCUCAUCACACUGCUCCUGGUAUUGCUGGUUUGUAUCAUGGUAGCUACAGUGACUGCUUGUAUUCUGUUUACCUGA